CCGGUGACGUAAAUAAAAUGCACCGGAAGUCGCUGAUUUACCAGCUGCGUUGCUGAUCAUUGCUUCAUUUAUGGCCGAGGAAACCAACUUAACUCAAAGCUGACAUUUUAUACUUGAAUUGCUUUUACUUAUAUUUUUGCCAUUGGCAAAUAUCAUUUCAUCAUUAGAGUAGUGUAGUGUUACAAUAACAACGUUAGAAUAGUGACAAGUAAGCUUUUAGCUGAAGCUCUUAGCUUUUUAGCAUUUUCUUUUCUGGCGUCAUUUCCUGUGUUUGAAAGUCGCGGCCACACAUAAACGAAGCCCGAAUGGAGUUGCAAGUAGGGGGCGAACCCAUGACCCUAGGCUCUCCUACGUCACCUAAACUCAAUCCUGGUGCUCAGUUUCUACCAGGAUUUUUGAUGGGUGACAUUCCAGCUCCUGCAACCCCUCAGCCUCGUCCCUUUAGCCUGAGCAUGCCCCUUAUAGAGAGUCCAUGUACACCACGAGGGAAUAGUUGUGGAAUGGGCUCCACCCCACAGCCAAUCGUCCACACCCCCAAGGAUAAAAGUGGAGCUCCGCCUGUUCGCAGUAUCCGCGACGAUUUGGUUUCUGUGGGGACGCCGCAUAGUGCACAUAAAACUAGUUUUCCGAUGAUGCAGUCCCCUCCAUCUGCUCGACAGGCAACUCCGCUCACAGGUCUGCAGCAAAGUUGUUUGUCUCCGGCUCAGGUCGAUCCCUUCUACAGUCAGGGAGAAUCUUUGUCCUCGGACGAUCAAUUGGACCAGACCUGGGUCACCGUGUUUGGUUUUCCUCCAGCUGCAGCCUCCUACAUCUUGCUGCAGUUCGCUCAGUAUGGAAACAUCCUCAAACACAAGAUGGGGUCUCCUGGGAACUGGAUGCACCUUCAGUAUCAGUCCAAGCUUCAGGCCAGAAAAGCUCUGAGCAAAGAUGGAAAGGUGUUUGGAGAUGCCAUCAUGGUGGGAGUGAAGCCCUGUAUAGACAAGAGUGUGAUGGAGAGGAGUGAAGAUGACUCAUCCCCUCUCGUCUCCUCCUUCUGCUCGUCUGCCAACGCUCUCCCAUCCACCCCUCGCUCCGCAAUCAGGCCACUCAGUGCCACGUACAGAGGCUCCAGUAGUGACUAUCAGGUAGUCUCAGACAGACAGACGCCCAGGAAGGACGACAGCUUCGUCUCCAAAGCCAUGGAAUACAUGUUUGGCUGGUGAGGCUACAGAGGGCAUUGUCGGAAAUCUGUUAGAGCCUCAAAGGGAGAGAGAAUUGUGUGUGUGUGUGUGUCUUUUUAUCGUUGUUUUUUUAAACAGAGUCUGUUUCAAUAAAGGUGUUUUCUAAAAGAAGUUCAUUGAA